UUGGUUUGGGAUUCAUCAGAUAUCAAAGAGUGUUGAAGUAGCAAGAUGCAUUCCGCAAAGCAGAAAGUAAACGACGCGGCGGCGGUGGUGAAGGAGCACGCCGAGAUCCUUGAAGCUAAAGCCCAAGAGAAGGCGGAGAAAGCUGUGGCGAGGACCAAAGAAGAGAAGGAGAUAGCGCAUGAGCGGAGGAAAGUGAAGGAAGCCGAAGCCAAGAUGAAGAUGCACGCAGCCAAAGCCCAGCACAUUGAAGACAAGCUGCGGCACGGAACGCAUCACCUCCACCACCAACAUCAACCUGUCGGCACAGCCGUUCCUCCCACUGGUGUCGCCGCUCCUACGUAUCCUCUCGGCGGAUAUCCUCCGGGUUGGACCGCCCCGAAGUGAAUAACAGCAUCAGUUUGAUUGGGGGGUGUGUGUGUUGUUUUGGGUUUAGGGUAGUGAUGGAUGUUGAUUUGGUUGUUAUGUUGUAGAAUGUGAUGUGAGUGAAAGAAUGGUGUGUUUUGUUUGUUGAGUAGUAUUCUUCUUGUCUGCAUAACUUGUUUUGAUUUGUCGGAAACUUUGAAGAAGAGCGCAUAGUUAACUUUGAUUUAUUUAUUAUUGUUUUUAAUCUGAAA